AUGCCAGACUCCGCCUUCUCUCCGCCAGUUCCACCAAUCGCUGCUCUGAACUGUUCCCUGGACUUAUCGAAUUGUUCAAUCACGAACCUCUCUGCGAUUGCAUAUGGCGACGAGUGCUAUGGCAGCCACUCUUUGUUUGUUAUCAUGGCUGUUGCCUACAGUGCUGUUGUACUGCUGGGUGUCAUUGGAAACCUGGCUCUCAUCCUUGUGAUCGCACGCCAGCGGGAGCUUCACAAUGUCACAAAUGUCUUAAUCGCAAACCUCUCGGUUUCAGACUUGCUGAUGGCAGUGGUGUGUCUGCCCUUCACCUUCAUCUACACCUUCAUGGACCAUUGGGUUUUCGGUGCGGUCAUGUGUAAACUCAACAGCCUGGUUCAGUGCUGCUCCGUCUCAGUGUCGAUAUUCUCCUUGGUUCUUAUCGCCAUUGAGAGACACCAACUCAUCCUGCACCCUCGUGGAUGGAGGCCCAGCCUGAACCACGCUUGCCUGGGCAUCAGCUUGACCUGGGCCCUGGCUGUCCUCACCGCUACACCUUUUCUACUGUUCUCCCGGGUGACAGACGCCCCGCUCAAGCAGCUGCCUUCAGUGUUUCAGGAGCAGUAUCGGGGAAAAGUGGUGUGUGUGGAGGAGUGGCCCUCCAGAGAAAUCAAACUCACCUACACCACCGGCAUGCUGGUGCUGCAAUACAUCACGCCUCUCACAUUCAUCUUCAUCUGUUACCUGAAGAUAUACACUCGUCUGCAGCGGCGAAACAACAUGAUGGAAAGAAUCCGUGAAAACAAAUACCGUAGCAGUGAGUCUAAACGGAUAAACAUCAUGCUCUUUUCCAUUGUGGUGGCAUUUGCAGUUUGCUGGCUCCCGCUGAACGUGUUUAAUGCAGUCAUCGACUGGAAUCAUGAAGUGGCGAUGAACUGUACCCACAACCUUCUGUUCUCUCUGUGUCACCUGACCGCGAUGUGCUCGGUCUGCAUUAACCCCAUCUUCUACGGCUUUCUGAACCGCAACUUCCAGCGUGACCUGAGGGCCUUCCGACUCUGCAAGAUUGUGUCGACGCGUGAAAACGAAUAUGACAUGGUCGCCAUGUCCACAGUUAACACAGACGUGUCCAAGAUGUCUUUAAAAAUGAGUAGCCUAGAUCUCUGA